CAAGGAUAAUUUGGCAAUGUCAGUGAGUGGCCCGCGCGCGAGGAUUAGUUAAAGCGCCAAAGAACCAGCUGCUCAGCUCCUCGUGCCUUCCGCUUCGUGCGUUUGACACGUCAGAGUCAGCUUAUCACCUUAAACGUAUCUCAGUUUAACAUUAAGAUGGCUGUCCAAAACGAUUAUCCAGAGCAGCUUGACCCGAAACCCUGGCGCGACAUGCCGCAAGAGCUUUUGAUCUCCAUCGUGCGCUUCUUGCCAGCCAACGAGAUCGCGCUCACAGGCCGUCUUGUAAAUAAAGCUACUGCUGCGCACUUCCGCGGCCUUCAAUAUUGCACUGUGCGGCUGUCGCAGCCUACUCCUCCUCACGACUUCGCGCAGCGCUGGGGCAGUCCCGGCGUCAUGCGAGGCCUGACGCUGAAGCAACGCCGGCAGCUGCUGUGCCUGACAGCAUCCUCCGGCAGCCUCCCCAACCUUCAGGUGGCAGCAACAUACGCGGGAUGCGCCCUGACAGCUGAUGUCCUUGGGGCAGCAGCAGCUGCUGGGCAGCUGGAGGCGUGUCAGUGGCUGCGGCAGCAGGGAUGCCCCUGGGUACACAUGCGCCGUGAAGCCUUGGCCGCAGCUGCAGGAGCGGGCCAGCAGCCGGCUUGCGAGUGGCUGCUGGCUGCCGGCUGCCUCUGGAGCCAAGAAGCUGUAUACGCUGCGGCACAAGGGGGCCACGUGGGCCUCAUGGAGUGGCUGCUGCUGCAUCAACCGGAGGGAGUUGAUGAAGUGUGCAGUGCGGACCUGCUGAAGGCUGCCGCAAAGGGCUGUGACCUGGCAACACUGCAGCGCUUGUACGAGGACUGGCGGGGCGAACAAUUGAUGGAGAUGGUUAAAUGGCAGAUCCUCGCAGCCGCUGCCAGCAGCCCCACCCCCGACUGGCAGGACAAGGUGCUUUGGCUGGAGGAGCGGGGAUUCACCAAGCGCUCCUCUGCAUGUGCUGAAGCAGCUGCCUGCUCAGAUGCACUCAGCCGCCUGAGGUGGCUGCGGCAGCAGGGCUAUCCGCUGCUCAGGGAGACUGUAGAGUCAGCGGCAGCUCGGGGCAACAUCGCCGUCCUGGAAUACCUGCGCAGGGAGGAUGAGCAGCUCGUAACCUAUCCAAUAACUGCUAAGGCACGUGCAUCUGCGAACGGCCACCUGGCCACCGUGCAAUGGCUCGACACCUGCCCUGAUAUUGGGUUACAUGCUGCUGCUCGCGGCGGGCACCUUGAGCUCGUUUCCUGGCUGGCGGAGAGGGCAGGAGUGCGCUUGGGAAGGGGCAUGUUCUCCAAUGCAGCCACGUCGGGCAACUUGGAGCUGCUGAGGUGGCUGCGGCAACAUCGCUGCCCUGGCAUCCGAGAUCAAAGCAACCUCAGCUGCGCUGCGGAAGCUGGCAGCGAGGAGAUGAUUGAGUGGCUGGUGGAGCAGGGCUGUCCCUGGGGGGAGGAUGGCAGCGCCUACAGGAAUGCUGCCCGCAAUGGUGACCUUGCCACACUGCGCUGCCUGGGGCGGCUGGGCUGCCCCUGGGGAUCGGAUCAGAUCUUCAACACCGAUUUCUACCUAUUUGGCCCCCUGGAGGUUGUGCGCUUGCUGCUGGAGCUGGGAUGCCCCGUGGACUGGGAGGAGGCAGUAUGCAAGGCAAGCAGGAUCGUGGAUGUGACACACAGGGAGGGACUGCUGGUAUUGCUGCACGAGCAGCAGGCUUUGCAUCAGCAACAGCAACAACAAGAGCGGCAGCAGUUGUAGUGGCCUUUUAGGAGCGAGCGCACAUCCAAUACCACCAACAACCACAGCCAACCGCAGUGGUAGAUGGGCAGGAUAGCUUGCGGCAAUGAUUAUUCCUUCCUAGCUGCGUGCUUCUAGCACUCUUCAGCAUUGGACGGGAGCCAGAUAUGCAAGGUCCAUGCAUUCUGUUGUGGUGGCAGAUGUUGUGGUGGCACACUGCGGCCUCUCGGACUUGUUGCAUGCUUGUGUCCGAUGGAGUUGGGUCGUCUAGAGUAGUGUAGGUCUGCAGGCCACGCUUGGGGGCUGCAGCACCUAGCCCCAAAUCAUCCAGGUCGGGUAUGGUUGGACUGGAUGCCGGGUGCUCUUGGGUCAAGGACCCGGCAUUCAAACAGUGCUUGCCAAGAAUUUGUUCCUGGGCAGGUGCAAAUCUGGCAUCUAUUGAUCUGGGACAGGCUCGCCCGGAGCAUUUUUGCAUGGGCCAGGUGGCAGCAUGCAGCCGGGUAUACGAGCUGCUAGGCUUGGGUUCCUUGCCUGAAGGUUGUAGAAUCUCUCCACAAGAA